AUGUGUCCGGGCUCGUCUGUGCCCUCUGCCACCGCCACCGCCACCGCCAACGCCACCGCCACCGCCACAGAGGAGGAGGAGGAGGAGGAAGAGGAGGAGGAGGAAGAAGAGGAGGAGGAAGCAGAGAAGGCACACCAACAUCUGUGCCGCCUCAAAAGUGACAGCCGGCCUGCUCUCCCGGGACCCAGCCAGAGUGAGGGAUUUGGGGUUAGCGAAGCUGCUCCUCGGGCCUCACCUCCUUCCACCUCCCCCCCACCUCUCCACGCCUCCUCCCGUCUCCUCCCGUCUCCUCCCGCCUCCUCCCGCCUCCUCCCUUCUCCUCCCGCCUCCUCCUGCCUCCUCCUGCCUCCUCCUGCCUCCUGUGUGUCCAGGAGCCAGAUUCACAGAUUGGCAGACAGUGCGUCGCAUAUGACCGGAGUUUGUUGGGCUGGCAUUGUUCUCUACUGUGGAAACAAGAAGCAAGUCGGCGUGCCAGAAGACAGCUCCAACCGUCCGGGUAUCAACGCCGCAGCCAACUAUUGUCCGAGGAACGGAGAUUGA